GCGUGGUCAGGAAAUCUAUCUGGGAAAAUAACAACCGAUAUCCAUCCCAGCGCUACUGAAUAACUUGUUGCGUGUCCGACCAAUCGUUGUGGAGCGUAUACACUUCCUAUAAAGCCCAGUGAAGGAUAAUUGAUAGUGCUGUCCGGAAAAAAAGUUUACAUUGAUGGGCAAAGCAUAAGAACUUUCGUGCGAUAUUGAAAAUAAAUGUGGGAAUUAUUGCACUCGUGUAGUAAGCUCGAACAUAAUCACAUAUCCAGUUAAAAAUGAAUGCAGUGAUAGGAGGCGAACCAUAUUCGAACCGAAGUUCAAGUUCAACGAACUGACGGAAUAUUCAUAAUUGGUGCGAAGCUCAUCCGCUUUUCACAGAAAGCCCUAACGUGCUAAAAAAUUUCGACGAAUUAGCAUUAUCAAAGCACCUAAAACCAGUGGAAACGAUUUGCCAAAUAUUAUAAGAAUAUUAUAAACUAGCAACUGCACAAUGACAACUUCCAACUUUGAGAAAUUUGUUCUCCUAUUAUGGAAGAACUGGAUCAUAGCAAAGCGGCACUACUUUCAGACAUUUUUUGAAGUUGUCAUACCGGUGAUAGCUUGCACGUUGCUCAUUCUGAUACGUAGUCUCGUAGAUGCUGAACAGUUCAAAACUGAGUUCAUUUACAAACCGCUUGAUUUAACAUCGAUCUCACAUUUAAGAUUAUUCGUAGGGAAUCCACCUCUACAAUUCACGAUAGCAUUUUCUCCGGAAAAUGAAGUUUUGGAACGAAUAGUGACGCGCUCGAUAGGAUACCUUGACGAUCCCCUCCUGAAUACGAUGGCUUUCAGCAAUUCAAGCGCAAUGCAGGUUUUUCUUCAAAAUAAUAAUCUCAUCGCUGGUGUUCAAUUUCCGGAUUCGUACGCGAGCAUACAAACAAUCCCAGAUCAUGUGGAAUUUUCCAUACGCUUCCCAGCGGAGAUGCGCACACAUUCAGAUGUUGGCUCUGAGUUCUGGAACCAUUGGCAAACCAAUCGACUUUUUCCAGCCUUCGAAGUUCCUGGUCCGAGAAACCCCACUGCUGACGAUGGGGGAUAUCCGGCCAACUACCACUACGAAACUUUUGCGCAUGUUCAAAGUGCUGUUUCUCGUGCCAUCGUAGUAGAGCGCAGCCCAGGAGUGGCGAUUCCUGCAGUUUUUUUACGGCGUUUCCCCAACCCACCGUUCUACAGCGAUCCACUUCUGCUGGGAUUGGAAAACUUGCUUCCACUAAUUAUAAUAGUUGCCUUCUUCUACACAUGUAUCAACACAGUCAAAUACAUUGCCGUUGAAAAGGAAAGGCAGCUGAAAGAAGCAAUGAAAAUCAUGGGACUUCCUAGUUGGCUACACUGGACUGCUUGGUAUGUUAAGUCCAAGCUUUUGCUUCUGAUUUCCAUUUCUUUCAUCACCAUCCUGAUUUGCGUUAGCAUGACCAGCGACACAGAUUUGGCUGUAUUGACCUACGCAGAAUGGUCCGUUGUUUGGGUAUACUUGCUGGUCUACAGUACAGCUACCAUUACAUUUUGUUUCAUGAUAAGUACAUUUUUCUCUAAAGCAAAUACCGCUGCUGGAAUAGCUGGACUUUUGUGGUUUGUAUUCAUGAUGCCGUACAACAUUGCAUUUGCCAACUACGACAAUAUGUCUUUGUCAGCAAAGCUAGCUUUGUGCCUAUUCCACAACACUGGGAUGUCUUUUGGGUUCAUGUUGAUGAUGCGCCAUGAGGGGACCACUAUAGGAGUACAGUGGCACAAUUUGUUCAGUCCGGUGACUGCUGACGACGACCUCAGCGUAGGGGCAACGAUGAUGAUGCUACUGGCCGAUGCCGUCAUAUAUCUCAUAAUAGCCCUCUACGUCGAAAUGGUCUUUCCGGGAGACUUCGGGGUUGCUAAGCCUUGGUAUUUUCCAUUCACUGCUAGCUUUUGGACGAAUAAAAUUGAUAUCGCUGGUGAUGCAAAUGAUUUUCAAGAAGCCACAGAUUCGAGAGAGCCAGAUCCAGCAGGGAAGCAUGCAGGUAUCCGAAUCAAAGGGCUGCGAAAAGCAUUCGAUAAAGGGAAGAUAGCCGUAAAAGGGUUACAUUUGAAUAUGUUCGACGAUCAGAUAACAGUGUUGCUCGGACAUAAUGGUGCGGGUAAAACAACGACCAUGUCCAUGCUAACAGGAGUUUUCGCACCUACAUCUGGAACCGCUUUCAUAAAUGAUUGCGACAUUCGCACAAAUAUCGAGGGUGCUCGUCAAUCGCUGGGCCUCUGUCCACAACACAAUGUACUAUUCAACGAAAUGACAGUUUCGGAACACAUCAAUUUUUUUGCACGUUUAAAAGGCGUCGAAAAAAAGAACAUCGCAAGUGAAAUCCGACAUUAUGUUAAGAUACUAGAGUUGGAAGACAAGAUUAAUUCGCAAUCACAUACGCUGUCUGGUGGGAUGAAACGGAAAUUGGCAGUUGGAGUAGCGUUGUGUGGAGGAUCAAAAGUUGUGCUGUGUGAUGAACCGACCUCUGGAAUGGAUCCAGCUGCUAGACGUGCCUUGUGGGAUUUGUUAAUCAUGGAAAAGAAGGGACGAACAAUCCUAUUGUCUACACACUUUAUGGAUGAAGCGGAUAUUCUUGGAGAUCGAAUAGCCAUAAUGGCAGAUGGUGAGCUGAAAGCAGUUGGAUCGUCAUUUUUUCUCAAGAAGAAGUUUGGCGUAGGAUACCGUCUGAUUUGUGUUAAAGGGGACGGUUGUAAUCCUCAGAAUGUAACUACAUUAAUACAAAAGUAUAUCCCAAGUUGUCAUGUUGAUACUGACAUAGGGACAGAGCUUUCAUAUGUUUUGGAGGAGAAUUACACAAGCGUAUUUCAGUCACUGUUAGGAGAGUUGGAAGAUAACUCUGAACAACUCCACAUUGACAGCUACGGCAUAUCACUUACAACAUUGGAAGAAGUAUUUCUUAAGGUCGGAAGUGAUUCUUUUUCUCACGAGGAACCAGAAAAUGAAAGUAAUGGACUUGCCUACGAAAAUGGAACUGUUGGUUCUACUGUAACUAUCAAUGUAAACGAAAGCGAAAAACUUCUCACUGGCACUGCACUAAAAUUCAACCAGUUACAUGCACUGUUUUUAAAGAAGCUUCUUGCAACAUAUCGAGGAUGGAUCGGAAUGCUAGUUCAAAUCUUCAUUCCCAUAUUUUUUGUCAUCAUGACAGUCAUCAUUGUACGAGCAAUGCCGGAUAGUGUUGAGCUUCCCUCACUAAGAAUGACUCUUAAUGAUUAUCGAAGAACUACAACUGUUCUUGAUGUAGAUACUGAUAACAUAAAUGUCGUACAGUCGUAUCAGAGGCUGUUUGAUCAAUAUGGGGAAGAAACAAAAAUUUUAACAAUCACCGAGUGCAUGAUCUGUUAUAUAUUAGACAGGGCGAAAGAAAAUUUUCCGCUAGUACUAAAUGAGUUUCUCAUUGGGGCAACUAUAAGUUCCGAUUAUGUCGACGUGUGGUUUAGUGCUCAAGGGUAUCAUACGGCUCCCUUGAGUAUCAAUAUGUAUUACAACGCUGUAUUGGGAACAGUGUGUCCCAAUUGUUCGAUAGAUAUAUCCAACAAUCCGUUACCAUUCAGGCCGGAAACACGAUUCACACAACUCCAGGGAGGAAAUAACAUUGGAUUCCAGCUGGCUUUCAACACCGGAUUUUCCAUGGCGUUCGUGGCAGCUAUGUACAUUUUAUUUUACAUCAAGGAACGGGUAUCCCGAGCCAAACUGCUGCAGUUUGUUAGCGGCGUGAAUGUGUUGGCCUUUUGGAUGGUGUCCUUCCUGUGGGACUACGCAACUUUCAUAAUCACUAUUCUGUUCUAUAUCGCAACACUUGCAGCGUUCCAGGAGGAUGGCUGGUCGACUGGGGAAGAGCUUGGGCGGGUCUUUCUAGUUUUGUUCGUUUUUGGAUUUGCCUUUAUACCGUUCACAUAUUUAAUGUCAUUUCUUUUUGACGUGCCAGCGAGUGGGUUCGUUAAACUGAUGAUUUUCAACAUCUUUACUGGAACAAUAUUCUUUAUGGCUGUAUUUCUUCUACUGUUCGAUGGCUUCGAUUUAGUUAAUGUAGCACAUGGAUUAGAAUGGGGUUUCAUGAUUUUCCCGCUGUUCGCUUUAAGUCACGCAUUAAGCAAUAUGAACAUUGCAUCGGCCACACUACAGAUCUGCGAAACGCAGUGCGCAAUUAUUCCGGGAUGUAACGAGAUAGUCAUCUGUGAAUUGUUCCCAAACUGUUGCGGAAUAAAUAUAUUUUCUUUUGAGCCAACUGGAAUCAGUCGAAACUUGUUAUUCAUGGCAGGACUAGGAAUACUGAGCUUUACACUACUUUUGAUCAUUGAAUACCGCUUAUUCAACAAAGUAUUUAACAACUCGACUGCAGGGAAGAGACCACCAGCAUUGGAAUUAUCAGAAGUAGAUACGGAUGUGAUGCUUGAAAAGGAGCGUGUUAGCCAAAUGACCAUGAGCGAAAUCGGCGCAACUAACCUAGUUCUUCGUGACGUCUCCAAGUAUUAUAAAUCAUUUUUGGCUGUAAACCAAAUAUCCGUAUCUAUUGAACAUUCUCAAUGUUUUGGAUUGUUGGGAGUUAAUGGAGCAGGAAAAACAACAACUUUCAAAAUGAUGACAGGCGACGAAAACAUUUCUUCGGGUGAUGCUUGGGUUAGUGGAAUCAAUCUAAAAACCCACUUGACCACUGUCCACAAACAAAUUGGGUAUUGUCCACAGUUCGAUGCACUUAUAGAUGAUAUAACCGGUAGAGAAACAUUGAAAAUAUUUGCACUGCUCAGAGGGAUUCCAAAAGAUGAAAUAUCAUCAGUUUCUAACAAACUUGCCGAGAAUUUGAACUUCAAGAAACAUUUUGAUAAACGCACGAAGCAAUAUAGCGGCGGAAACAAAAGGAAACUAAGUACUGCAUUGGCUUUGUUGGGAAAUCCAACAGUAGUUUACCUGGAUGAACCUACAACUGGGAUGGAUCCUGGUGCCAAGCGGCAGUUAUGGGACGUGAUUUGUAGAGAAAGAAAUGCAGGAAAAUCGAUUGUAUUAACAUCUCAUAGUAUGGAAGAAUGCGAAGCCUUAUGUACAAAACUAGCCAUUAUGGUUAAUGGAGAAUUCAAGUGUAUUGGAUCAACGCAACAUCUAAAAAACAAAUUUUCGAAUGGCUACUUCUUGACUAUUAAGUUGAAGAAAAAACCAAUCGAUUGCUUCGAAAAAGAUUCGUCAAUCAAAGCGUACAUAAGCGAACAUUUUCCAGAUGCUGAACUCAAGGAGGAGUACCUCGAAUCAAUCACCUAUCAUAUUCCGAAAACUGGUGUUCGCUGGUCAACUAUGUUUGGAAUCAUGGAAAAGGCCAAGCAGUCCUUAGAUAUGGAGGAUUACGUUCUUGGGCAAACGACGCUCGAGCAGGUAUUUCUGGCAUUUACCAAAUAUCAACGAGUGGUCGGAGAAUGACACAACCUGAACAUUAUGGAUAUGGAACCCAAUGGUGAAGAACUUCAUCAUUCCGCUUCGUCUAGUGAAUAGAUCAAAUUAUCAAUACAAUAAUUAAUACACAAAAGUCUGCUUUCA